AUGCUUUUAAUUUCAGAAUUCGGUUCAUCCAAAUCAGAUUUUUCGUUCACAUUUCAGCUGCGUACUUUACUAUCAAAGACGUCCGUUGGACUAAACUCACAAGCUGCAAUCGCUAAACUACUGGCCCCAUCUGCAUCAGCUAACGUUUGCUUACGCACCGAUCAACGUAACCUUCACUCACGCAAUACAAAAUCGCGCAAUCAGUCCAAAGCCUCCACCGUUAAAUUCGAGCAAACUCGUCAUAAGACGUCGUACGGGUAUAUUGAACCAGUGAGCGUAAACACUAUGAAAAUAAAGAAUGCCUUCAUCUUGUCUGGUGCAAGAACUGGAUUUGGAACGAUGAACAGCGCAUUAGCAUCUGUAACCGCCCCUAAACUAGGUAUCAUCGCGGUCAAAGGUGCUCUCGAGAAAUCCAAAAUUAAGCCAAAGGAUGUGACCAGUGUUUAUGCUGGAACUGUCAUACAAGCUGGCACUGGCGAAAAUAUCGCUCGUCAAAUUUCCAUUGGAUCAGGUAUCCCAACUACGGUACCAUGCAUGACGUUGAAUAAGGCUUGUUCAGCUGGAAUGACUGCGCUUAUCAUUGGCGCACAGCACAUUCACAUUGGGUAUCAGCAAUGUAUCGUUGGUGUUGCAACUGAGAGUAUGAGCAACGCACCUUUCAUUCUUCCAAGACACCUGCCAACUGGGGGUCUUAUGCUGGAAGAUACGAUUGAUAGAGACGGAUAUUUGGAUCCGGUGAAAGGUGUUUCGGUGGCGAUGCUGGCUGAGAAAACCGCAAGAGAACUGAAAAUUAGCCGCGCUGACCAGGAUGCGUGGUCACUUGAGAGCUAUAAAAAAGCUUCAAAAGCGUGGAAGGUACCGAAGACACUGACGCUUGUAAUUUCAGUUGCUUUAGGAAUUUCAAUUGAUCACUUCUUACCAAAUACAAUCCAGUUCUACCAAUUCUCGAAUGCUCAAGAUUAG